UGAAUGACUGCGUCAGCGUUCCUCGCUUUUCGAGCGACGUCGCUGAUGCGAUCUUGAAAUUCUAGCGUCGAUUUCUCCCUGCCAUUAUCUGGGCCGAACAACGCCCAACAAAUUAUUCUCAUCUGUUCGAGUGCAUUGUGUGUUUGCGCGAGAUCUCGUUUAAAGAAGACAAUCGCGAAAGUUACUUAACUCCCUGUGGGAGUUUAAAGACGCUCGCCUGUGUCUUGUUAAACUACUUUUAUUACAUGAUUUAAGCAGAGUAUAUUUCAAUCUGGUUAACGAUAUCAAAAUGGCUUGGCGUUUCAAGGCAUCCAAAUACAAAAAUGCAGCACCAAUUGUUCCCAAACCAGAAUCUUGCAUUCGAGAUAUUUCUGUGGGGUCGUAUCAAACUUACGGGAACAACAUAAUGGCAUCUGCAGCAUUUAUGGCAUUUAAUGUGGAUCAUAAUGGAUCCAGUUUAGCAGUAUUACCACUUGAGGACUGUGGCAGAAAGAGCAAGACUAUGCCAUUGCUUCAUGCACAUGCCGAUACUGUCACUGAUAUGGAUUUUUCUCCAUUCCACGAUGGCUUACUUGCAACUGGCUCCCAAGAUUGCCUUGUGAAGCUGUGGCAUAUUCCAGAAAGUGGCUUGGAAGAAUCUUUGUGCAAUCCUGAGUGCACAUUUUCACACAGACAACGACGAGUGGAGGCAGUAUGUUGGCACCCUUCUGCGGAACAUCUUCUGACCACUGCAUCAUUUACAAAUCUAUCACUCUGGGAUGUUCUCUCUCAACAAGAACUAUUUUCUAACAGUGAUCACACAGAAGUGAUUCAGUCUGUAAGUUGGAAGCAAGACGGCGUCGUUUUAGCGACAUCAUGUAAAGAUAAGCAAAUGAGGAUAAUAGAUCCGCGCGCAUCUUCAUGUAUCGUCAACUCGUGCUCGAGUCAUCAAAGUAUCAAAGAUUCUAGAGUAGUGUGGCUGAACAAUAGCGAUAGAGUACUAACUACAGGAUUUGAUGCAGCGAGACUUCGUCAGGUUUUUAUUAGAGAUCUGAGACAUUUAAACGAGCCAGUAAAAACGUUGGAAUUGGAUUGUAGCACAGGCAUUCUGAUGCCACUUUUCGAUCCUGACACAAAUAUGCUCUUCCUGGCUGGGAAGGGAGACACUACCAUCAUGUACAUGGAAGUCAUGGAUAAAGAUCCCUAUCUAGUAGAGGGAAUCCGUCACAGCGGUGAGCAAACCAAAGGAGUUUGCCUAGUUCCUAAACGGGCGUUGAAUGUAAUGCAGGCUGAAGUUAACAGAUUAUUACAACUUACUUCCAAUAUGGUGAUCCCAAUCAUGUAUCAGGUGCCGCGAAAAACAUACAGAGACUUUCACGCAGAUAUUUAUCCAGAAACAACUGGUUGUAUUGCUCAGAACAACGCAGCGUCAUGGAUUAAAGGCCAUAACGCUUCUGUGCCAAAGAUUUCUCUAGACCCUGUUAAAAGGAAUAAAGGCGAGGAACCAAUUACUGUACACAAAGGGAACUUAGCGGUGCUCAAAGAUAAUCAGCGUGACUUUAAAGUGGAACAGACGAUUCGACAACCGAAAUCCUUGGUCAUUACCACGCCGAAGGGAUUCUCAAAGGCACCACCGCCGCCACCACCGCACAGCCACGUGAAUGAGAACGACAGCAAUGUCGAGAACGAUACCGAGAAGAUCGAGGAUUCUAAAAAGUCGUCCGAAACGGAAGACGACAAAAUUAAGUUGCAGAACGGCGGACAGACGGUCCCGCCUAAACCUUUGCCCAGAGCAUCAAGAACUAACAGCAUCUCCGAGGACGAGCCGAAACCGGUGGCGCGUCCUCGCACGUCACCGAAUCCCGGAUCAGUCGUUACGUCGGUGAAUCCUAAUGCGAUCGGAGGAUACAAGCCCCGACUCGGCCCGAAACCGUUCCAAGCGAAGUCCAGCAGCCAGGAAUUUUCGUUCGACAAAAUUUUCUCCGUACCGAUCGCGCCGAAUAACGACACCAACGGUUAUCAGAAUGAGAUCAACAACACCGUGGAGAAUAACAUGGAAGCGGACAAAUCGCCGACUUUUACUAACGAGCGGGCGAAAGACGCGGAGAAUGGCAAGAGUGACUCCAGCUCGAUAGAGGAGGAUGCCAACUCGAGUGACUCCGGUUACAAGCCAAAGACGCCGAGCACCGCGGAGAGACGCAAGGUAUUCGAGACGAAAGUGAAGGACGAGUCGCCCGAGAACGAGGACGCCGGGAACUUCGAACGCGGCGCGAAUAGAAACUCCAUCGCCGAGAGGCGGCGUCUUUACGAGAGUCGCUCUGUGUCCGUCACUGAUGGAAAUUUGGCGGAGAAGGCGAUGGGUUCGCCGACCAUGCUGAGACGCAGAGACUCUUUUAAGACGAAGAGCGAAGUGAUUAAAGAGGACGAAGCGAAGAAGAGCAUUCCUAUUUUGCGACAACAAAGUAUGGAUCCCAGAUUGGAGAAAGUAGAACCUGUUGCAACACCAGCUUCUAAAAGAACCUCGACAGUUUUCGGAAGAGUAUCCAAGUUUCGGCACUUGAAAGGUACUCCGGGACACAAAUCUACGCAUAUUGAGAACAUACGCAAUAUCAGUCGUCAAAUAUCCGGCGAAUGUGACGGUUUUCAUGCUAAUCCUGACCGAGUAGCUGUGCCAUUGAGCGGCCCAGGUGGAAAAAUAGCGGUGUUAGAGUUGAAGAAAACUGGGAGACUACCAGAUGGAGUUAUGCCAGCGUUAGUCCAUGGUACCACAGUAAUGGACUUUCAAUGGGAUCCUUUCGAUAAUCAGCGAUUAGCAGUUGCAUGCGACGACGGGAUGAUUCGGUUGUGGGAAAUACCGGAGUCUGGUCUGGCAGAACCGACCAAUGAACCAAAGCACAUCAUAGAAGCCCAUACCGACAAGAUUUAUUUAAUAAAAUUUCACCCACUGGCAUCUAACGUUCUCGUGUCCGCUUCGUACGACAUGACUGUUAAGAUUUGGGACUUGUUGUUCUUGUCAUCCACUGAGACGGUAAUCGCGAAGUUCACACUGACCGGUCACACGGAUCAGAUAUUCAGUUUGGCGUGGUCGCCGUGCGGUCAGUAUCUCGCUAGCACAUGCAAAGACGGCAAACUGCGAAUCUACAAACCUCGAACCAGCGACGUUCCGGUGAAAGAGGGCAAAGGUCCUGUAGGUACGAGAGGUGCGAGAGUUAUAUGGGCGCUCGAAGGCAAAUAUCUUGUUGUAAUAGGCUUUGACAAAGUUUCCGAAAGACAGAUUUACGUAUUCAAGGUGGACGAUUUGAAUAAUCCUUUAAACACCGUAGGAUUGGACGUUUCACCGGCUAUAUUGAUGCCGUAUUACGACGAAGAUAGCUCUACGCUUUUUCUAACUGGACGCGGCGACUCUACAAUAUAUGCGUUUGAAGUAACUGAAGAACCUCCAUAUUGCUGUCCAUUAAGCCAUCACAGAUGCAGCAGUCUACAUCAGGGCUUAUCAUUUUUACCAAAAAAUAAAUGUGAUGUUGCCACUGUAGAAUUCGCCUCUGCUUUGAGGCUAACCAACAACACGAUAGAACCUUUGAGUUUUACUGUACCACGUAUAAAGAGCGAGUUAUUCCAAGAUGAUCUCUUCCCUCCAACUAAAGUCACGUGGAAGCCGACUUUAUCUUCUGCGGAAUGGUUCAAUGGUAGCAAUAAACAGCCAUCUAGAAUAAGUCUUAAACCACCUGGCAUGGACAAUUUAACUGAGAAUCAGUCACAGAGUGUAGUUACUCCCCCUCAAGUCGCAACAAAACCAUCGUCGACUCCUUUUGGUAUUUCUGCGCAGCCUUUCAAUAGACUAGGAUGGAAUCCAGACGUUAAAGCGAAACAGGAAGAGAUUCAAAAAACCAUGAGCAACUUUGUGGGAGAUGUCAUCCAAUGUUCGCUAGAGCAAGAUCACAUGGAAGGUGUCGAAGAACAUGAAUGGGACGAGUAAAAUUUGAAGACCUGUGGAUAGAAUAUUUAUGCGCGAGCUAAGGCAAAAGUCUAUAAGAGUAUGGUUGUUUGAGCCGUAAAUUAUUUAUAAGUUAGAAUUAUAUAUCGCGAAGGGCAAAAACAUCGCAGUGCUACUGUGUACAGAGCGAGGAGCAAUUGUAGCUGAAAGAUACUUCCAACGAUUUUCUUUUGGAGGAGGCAAACGAUAAGUACAGUGUUUUAUAUCAAUUUACAAAAAAGUAUAAUACUCAUUUUUUUAUAAAUCUAGCUCAAGAUUUUGUAAACCACUUGUCCAUGCAUAGAUGUAAGAGAAUGCAGGCCUUGUUAAAUCGCAUUGAUUUAAAGUGAACAUAGACACAGAGUGAACAUCAAGAGAUUUUUUACGAUGAUGUAAUCAAUGCAAUAUUUGAUAGAACACUGUUCUUACGAAGCAUAUGCGUGAUUAUAGCUCUAGUCUCGAAUCGUCUUUUCCUUAUCUGCUUUUUCAUAUAUUUCUAGCUCUACAAAUGAUUUUAUAGUAUUAUAUACAUAUAUAACACUUGUAGAAAUUUAUAUUAGAUAUAGGAUAUGCUUAUAAAUUAUAUAUUGUCAAAAGAAUUGAGAAACUUAUACAAUUUGACAAUAGUUUCGCAUCUAUCUAUUUAACGAACAUCAGUUUGGAAUUUCAGUGGAUGAGUAACUCUUCUUAUAAUAGAUAUGCUAGUGUAUUCAUUACGCUUACCGUAUUUCAAAUACCGAGUGUGAACGAUAUCAAAUGUUUUAGAGACAAUUAUUGACGGGUCUUUUCGUUUAAUUAUUGGCUAAAUUGAAUAUGCUUUAGAAUAGCCGACUUUCUGUGCAAACGAGGAAAAACAAAUUCAAAGAAUGUGCCAUUUGCGAAGUGACAGAGAUAACAUCAAAUCUGUCGUCAAUAAAAGUGCUAACUAAAUGUUGAAUCCAGUAUUACAUCAGUGAUGUUAGAUCUUUAAUGUAACUAUUCCUCGAUAAAAUCGACAUUCCAUAUUGCGUUUAAGGUGUAAUAUCACAUCAGUGCCAGAUUUACUUUCAUUUUGAUAAGGUCAGGUAUGUCAAUAAUGGUCUCAAUGUAUAUGUCGUAAUAUAAUCUGUCAUCGUAUGUGUGAUACUAGAACAAGUGAUGGUCUCGUCGCAGAAUUGUGAAGCAGAAGUUUUUUACAUUUCGUAUCCUCAUACGCACAUAUGAAAGAUUAUACAGGAUAAAUGCUAUGCAUAAUAAGUAAUAAGUCGUAAGUGUCAAUAGUUUAAUUGUAUGGCAAAAUAUAUUACGUCUAAUCGAUGUAUGUUGAGUACUCUGCAAGAUUCAAAUAUUAAUUCGGAAAAAAUGACUGAUGUUUUGUACUUUUUUUUUUAUCAGAAUAUCUAACACUGUGAUUAAUUAUCACGGAUGGUCUUCUUUUGGAUGAAUGAAUGAAUACUUUAUCUCUUAUAUAUGCUACGUACAUGCAUUAGUCACAUAAAAGAACGAUUAUGAUGGUACUACGUCCUUCAAAAGUAACUUUUAUAAUCAAUGAUGACAUUUAUCUUCAUGAAAUACUUAUUAUUGAUGAUUGACUUUGUUACUAUAACUCAUAUCGGCACGUCGCUAUAUUCGAAGACCAAUAUAGUGCCAAAAGAUCAAUACAAAUAUAACGGGAAAAACAUCUGAAUCAUCUAGUUUAUUUUUUAGAUCUCUUUUAUAUACAAAUUGUGUUUUGUAAUCUGCGUAUUCUCGACUCUCACAAUGUCCCCUCUCCUGCACUAGAAAGUAUUGACAAAUCUUUUAUACAUGUCAACGAUAGGGAAUAAGGUAAAAUUUUAUUAAAACUUGUCGCUGCCGCGCGCGCGCGCGUUUAUGUCGCCAUUAUUUGUUUUUGGAUUACAGAGUAAAAAAGGUACGAUAUAUAUAUCUCAGUGAUUAUUUUCAUUGAAUUAUUCACCUAGCGCAUUAUAUAUAUUACACACAAUUACAACCAGAUUAUGAGUAAAUAAUUACGCAAAUUAUGCAAUCUCUUACAGUAAAAAGGUUUGAGAUUGAGGUUUAUUAAGUAUGAGACUAUGUGUUAUACAUUUCUCACAAACUCAAUCACGAAUCUUUCUAAAAAGUAUAAAUGACUGUUGUUUGAAUGAUUUUACCAUGUAACGAUGUACCUUUAUAUCAAUCAUAACUUUCAUGUAUUUCAACUAUUAAAACUUUUUAUUAAACA